AUGGCCUUUACCAGUUUGGCAGACACAGCAUUCGACGUCUGCUUCACCAAUACACUUGGCUCAAGAGCCUCUUUCACGACACAUCGAUCCAUCGAACUCGACAUUGAUAUAGGAGCCGAUGCUCGAGAUUGGUCCGCCGUGCAGGCUGCGGAGAAACUACGACCCGUCGACACAGAAUUGCGGAGGAUUGAGGAGAACAUUCACGAAGUUGUACAAGAAAUGGAAUAUCUAAGAAUGAGAGAGCAAAAGUUACGAGACACGAAUGAGAGCACGAACGAAAGAGUGAAGUGGUUCGCUUUUGGAACGAUGGGCAUGCUCGUUGGGUUGGGCGCGUGGCAGGUCGUUUAUUUGAGGGCUUACUUUAGGUCGAAGCAUUUGAUCUAG